AUGGAUCUGUCCUGUUCUUCAUCUGCCCAUAUUAGGAAUCAGCCAAAUAUAAAGCUUCUAUCUGAUUACAAUCAUUCUCUAUCUCAGUCUAAAACUAAUAUUAGUCACCUAUUCGAAUCUGCUUCAGCUACAACAAAUCAAAUCCAGCAUAAAUCUCAAGUUUCGAAUGAGACGUCUAUGACUCUUUCACAGUUACUUUCAACUGUUACACCUGUACCAAAUAUUCUAUAUCGUCCCACACCGAUCCGUCCAUCGCAGCAAUCUCCAUCUUUAUUAGCACAUUUAUCUACAAAUCCAGCAAGAACUGAUCAGGAAAAUGUUGAAAUUCCUUUAGAUCUAAGUCAAACAGCAUCAAGACAAUCAGUUAUUCAAAUAGCAGCACCUCAGCAAUCCUCGUUGCUACCAACAUGUGCAAAUCCCAAUUUAAAUUCGAACUGGAUCGCUCUAAAAUUUGGUGCCGCUGCUGGUCCGAAUCGUAUGUCCUAUCCAAGGGAAUUUAAAUUGAUGGUUAUUGGUUAUUAUUUGGCUAAUGGUCAGAACAAGUAUCGUACUUGCAAAGAAUUCCAGAUAACAAAAUCGAUGUUGAACGGAUGGCUGCAAAAGAUCGAAAAAAUACGUCAAUCUCGACCAGGUUCGUUAAAAUCUGGUCGAAGUGGGCGAAAGCCACAAUUCCCCGAUAUCGAAAAGCAAUUAUUCUCUCUAUAUUCUUCACAUCUAGAAAGUGGGCAUAAAGUAGGCAAUCGAUGGAUUCGUGAAACCGCUCGAGCCCUUGCAAGAGAGCAAUGUUCUGAACAACAAUUGACUGGAAUGUGCCAGUUCAGUGAGAGAUGGCUUAGUAAUUUCAAGAAGCGUUAUCACAUUAAUUUAAACCGAGACUGGUCAUCAAGUAUGAGCAGCAAUGGAUCAGCAGGCUCACUUGAUUCAGCUUCUUUCACAACUGGUGAGAGCGGAGACCUUUCACCAAAUAAAAAUGACUAUGACCUGGAUGUUAGUGAUGCCGAUGACUCUGACGAAGCAGACAGUGAGAAUACGCAGAGUGGUCUUCAAAUUCAGAUCAACAACUCAAGUGAUUUCGAUAUCUCAGAGUCAUCGUAUGGAAAUGCCAAGGAAAUCCUAAAUAAACCUGGUCAACUACCCAUACAAACAUUUUACGAGCGAUUUCCCUGGCUGUGUCGUAAAAAUAUCACUGGUGUUGAACCAGGACGACGUGGACGUAAGGUACAGUUUCCAGAUGUUGAAAAAGUUCUAUAUGAACGCCUUCAGGCCGCUCAAUUGAAAGGUGAGCGAAUAUCAAAUCGCUGGGUUCAGGAUCAAGCUCGACGACUUGCUACUGAACUUUGUCCUGGAAUCCUAGAAGAAGCAACGAAGUCCGCUCGAUGUUUAUUUUCGGAACACUGGCUCCACAAUUUCAAAAAGCGUUAUGCCAUAACUCUUAAACCAACCGCUGAUUCACAAAAGCACUAUUCCAUAGUUCCAGAGAGUCGUUCGCUCUCAUCAGUUUCUCCGAACGAAAAUCAGCCAAUUGCAGUUUCAUCGUCAUCUUCGUCACCGUCAUCAUUUUCAACAUCAUCACCUUCUUCAAAUACAACAUCGAUGCUUUUUCUUCGAAAUUGGUUCGCCAACCAAAAAUCUGCGUCCGAAUCAACGACUACUGCGCUUCAAUAA